UCCUGAACACUGACGCUAUUCGAGUUAAGGUGUGGGGGAUGGGGGGAGUUCAGGAGUGGGGGAUGGGGAGAGGUGAGAAAUGGAGUUUAGUGCUACACUUGUAGCCGUCUCCAGUCUUAAUUGGUAGCCACGCCCUCCCCUCCCCCCUGCACGUGCCUUUGGAAAUGGAUGAGAGAAGAAACAGGUUCAAUGGGCGCUUGGAGCAAUAUCGACUUCAUCAUGAUAGGUGUGCCAGUCGGUUUUUACAAACUUUUACACAGCAGGUAAGAUUUGAUGAUUAUUCUUUUAAACACAUGUAGAGAGAGAACUAUAGAACAGACACCUCUGAUGCUACAUUGUUUCUGUUAAGGUCAAUAACAUUUGAUUUGUUUGACAGCUUAAAUUGACUGAUUAUUGUAUUUGACAACACAUAUAUUUGAUAGGACACUAAUAAAAAUCAUUUAUAAAGUUGAAAUUCUCAUGGAAAUUAAUUAGUUGUUCAAUCCUUAACGGGAAAUUUAAUUUCUGACCCUGACAUGGAUGGAAUGUUAAAAUGUAGUGUAAAAAAGGUGAAUAAGGUACUAAACAUUACUGUCUUGUCUAGUGGUACUCUGCAGCUGUAUUGUUGCCUGUAUAUGGAAUUAUGUUGUUUAGGCUGAUAUAUAAUAUCACCCUUCAAUCUUCUCUUUGCUUUUAGGAAACAAUGUAAGGAAGUUUAAAACAGCCAGAUGAUUUUCAUGAGGAGAGUGAUUCAUCGGAAUUGUCCGGCUGUGCUCUAUUAGACCCCGAUUAUGAACCAACUUGCAGUGCAUCAUCAUCAUCCUGUGAUGUUGAAGAAUCAAGUCCAGACAAAGGGUUGACACUGAAUAAAGAAGUUCUUGAAAGUUCAGAUGCCAAUUCAAGUGACAGUGAAGAUCAGCCCACAGGCAAGUGUGCCAUUAAAAAACAAAAGAAGCUCAUAACAUAUUCGAAAAGACACAGUAAACAAAUAAAGACAAAAAAAGGCAAAUCAGUCCUGACCCUAAAAACCUGUACCAAACAAGAAGACCAAAAAAGAGUGUGGGACAAAAAACAUUACUGCCUUUACUGUGGCAAAUCACAGAUGAAGGUAUCAAGACACUUGGAGAGAAAGCAUAUUGAAGUUAGAGAUGUGGCAUAUGCCUUCAGCUUUCCACUAGGAUCAAAGCAAAGAAAGAGUCUUUUAGAACAGCUGCGCAAUAAAGGAGACUUUAAACACAAUAGAAAAGUUCUAGAAAAAGGCAGAGGACAAAUCGUGACGUGGAAGCAGCCGUCCGAACAAGCUUCCGUUAAAGACUAUUUGCCUUGCCCAUAUUGUUUCGGUAUGUUUAAGAAAAAUGACCUGUGGAGACACCAGUCCUCAUGCAGAACUAAGAAAACAUGUGCUGCAGAUGAAAAAGUGAAAAACAGACGAGGGAGAGUACAGAGUCGUGCUGCAUGCUUGCUUCCAACAUCAGCUUCAUCAGACGGUUGUCAGGCGGUCAUCAACAAUAUGAGACAUGAUGAUGUGUCUUUUCACAUCAGGAAGGAUUCUUUGAUUUGCAAAUAUGGCGAAUCGUUGUACGCAAAACAUGGUCGUGUGAAGUCUAGGCACCAGUACAUUGCACAAAGAAUGAGGGAGCUUGGCCGAUUCAUGUUAGUAGCCAAAGACAUGGACAUGACUGUCAAUUAUCUCGAAGAUUUGUGUGUUCCAUCGAAAUUUCUGUUUGUGGUUAAUGUUGCCAAGAAUCUUACACAGUUCAGUCCAGGCAAAAAUGAAUUUGGGAAGCCUUCGACAGCAGUCAAAAUUGGAUUCUGCCUUAAAGGGGCUGCAGAGGUUCUGAUUGGGCAGACUCUUAUCAAUGAUGAUGAUCUGGCAGAAAGGAAAGCAAAAAAGUUUUAUGAACUUCUGGAGAAAAACUGGAGAAACAGUGUAUCCAUUACUGCUCACCAAUCAAUUCAAGAAAAAAGGUGGAAUAAACAAGAUGACAUCCCCCUCACCAAAAAUGUGAUUGUUCUGCGAGACCAUCUCAGGAAGGUAGAAGAUGAAGCAGUAAGGCAGUUGACACAACAGAUGAACUUGCAUGCAUACAAGACUUUAAAUGAGACCGUAUUGGCACAGGUCAUUAUCUUCAACAAGCGGCGUGAAGGUGAAGCAUCACGUUUGACACUGGACACCUACAAGCAAGCAAGCACAGGGACCAUUAAUGAGGACAUUUUUGGAACCUUGUCACCUUUAGAAAAGGAGCUGAGCAAGCUGUUGACCCGACUAGAAAUCAGGGGAAAACGAGGCAAGAAGGUCCCAGUUUUUUUGACAACAAGAAUGAAGGAGUCAAUCGACUUGAUGCUUCAAAAGAGAGAAGAAGCUGGUGUACUUGCUGAAAAUCCUCAUCUUUUUGCAAGACCUGGUGUGAUGACAAACAUACGUGGUUGUGACUGUCUGCGAAAAUAUGCAGAAGAAAGCAAAGCAGAAAACCCUGAACUCCUGAGGUCGACUAAAUUAAGAAAACAGGUUGCCACUCUCUGCCAACUCCUGGACCUUAGUGAACAAGAGCUGGAGCAAGUUGCAAGGUUCAUGGGGCACGAUAUCAGAGUCCACUGUGACUUUUACAGACAGACUGACAAAAUGUUUCAAAUUGCCAAGAUAAGUAAGCUUCUGUUUGCAAUGGAACAAGGCAGUGACAAUUUAAGAGGGAAGAACCUCAGUACACUUACUCCUUCUGUCUGUGAUCCCACAUCAAGAUCUUUAAGUGUCCCACAGAGACAAAGCAAGAAAAUGGAAAGAGAGCAGGAUGAGGGUGAAUGUUCUGAUCUUGUUAUGCCCUCAAAAAACACUGCAGUGGGAAUGGGACUUCAAAUGAAGAUUAUGAAGGCUUUGAACCCUCUUGCCCUGAAAAGACACUUGAAUCAUGCCAUGAGGAUGGGAGUUCAGAUGUAGAUGGUAACUGCCCAGGAGAAAAACUGCUCAAGAAGCCUACACCAAAAAAGAAAAGUGAAAAAUGCACAAGGAGUGGGAAAGAAAAGGAGUCACCCAAGGUAACUGUGAGGAGACCAUGGAGGGAAGCAGAGAGGAGAGCAGUGAACAAACACCUGGGAAAGUAUAUGGCAGAGCGCAGAGUUCCUGGAAAAGUUGAGUGCAUGCAGUGCAUAGAAGAAGAGAAAGCUCUGAGGGAGAGAUCAUGGAAAGAUGUCAAGAACUUUGUUCACAACUCAAUUGUCACUCUUAACCGGAGAUCUGCUUCUCGAAAACUUGCACUUUAAAGGGUUUACAUCUUGCAUUCUAAUUGUUCUGUUCAUAGUUUUGUUUUAAGAUCUCUUAAGCUGUCUUCACUCCUUGUUCUCCUCACACUUACCUUGUGUGACUGUCUCAAGCUCUUUCUCUCUCCUUCUUUCUCUCUGUUUCUCUGUCUCUCAAGCUCUUUCUGUCUCGUUUUCUCUCUUUCUCUGUCUAAUUGUCUUUUUUAGUUUUAGUAUUUUUGGUUUUAACAUUCAGUUGUUGUUGUUGUUAAACUGAACCUUUGUUCAUCUGUCAGGCCUGUUAACCAGUUAGUUUUCAAAUGUGGUCUUCUGUAUUGAAGAGUCUUGGACUAUAUGAUCUGCAAAUAUCUGCAAUUAAAAUAAAUGUAGAUCUGGUCACUGGAGAUUACAUCUUUCUUGGAAGUUAUUGGGUAUUGAUAUAUGUUGCUGUAAGUUUGGUUUAUCUAAUUAGGUUAGAUCAAGAAUUCGAACAUGUACUUAAUUGAUGGUCACAACAUAAAAUAGAAAAUAAGUGCAUACUAAAAAUGCUUGAAAUAACCUUUUGACAAAUGAACUCAAUAGCGCCCCCAUGAAAAUGUCCUCACUCUGGGGGUAAAAUGCUGGCUCUUUGCCUUUGUUGUUUUAAGAAGAUGAGGUGAAAAGUGAGCUCAGGGACACACCUAGUGUUGAGUUGUGGCAUACAUUUGUCUGUAAUUGAAGCAGAAAUGGUGGUCCUCAGAAUGCAGGUUAAACUACUCGGUCCUCAUCUUGAUAGA